AUGGUUGCAAUCGAUGCACGCGACUUCCUCAACGCGGUAACCACGAUUCACUUAGCUUCGACGUCGACCGUCUACCCCGGCUACCCUUGUACUGAUAAGGUCCGGCACGUCUCUGACAAUGGCUCUGGCACGGUCAGCAUCAUGCAUGAGGGGCCAGAGAAGGUCCAGACGGUGAAGGUAGGGGAUGAUGGGCACGGCAACGACAUUCAGCAGAUCAUCGAGAACGAUGUGACGCGCACCACAACGAGCUUCGUCGGGCAGAUUACAGCCUUCGUGUGCGUCACACUUGGGCCGAAGGAAGACGAUAAUGGCGUGAAGCCGGAAGAAGUGCAGGACGACCCACCACCGCCACCGCCAGCACCAGAUAGUACGAACAGCGUUGAGGGGACUUCCACGGCUAGUACGAACAGUGUUGAGGGGACUUCCACGGCUAGUACGACCACCGUGGACACUACCACGCCGGAGCCUCCAGCACCACCCCCGACGGACAGCAUCGGAAAGACUUCGCAGCAAGCGACCGCUACACGCUCUGGCAAGGGAGAAACUACAAAGACUAUUACUCGUACCGUCCCAAAGCCUUCGACUACAACAUUCACGGCUGCCAACUCUGAUGUUAUUCGUGAGAUUGUGUCAUACUUCUCGGUCGUUGGAGGUGAUGGAGAAGUUGGAACCACAACAUACUACGAGACUAUCAGCCAUUACCAGGCCACGAAGACGCAAGUCACAACUACACAGGUUUCUGAAUCAGCAUCCCGGCCAAAGCAACCCCCAAGGCCGAAGAGUUCAAGCAAGGUCCAGGAGCCCAUCACAACCAGGACCAGGAAGCCCGACACGAGCAAGGUUGAGAAGUCCAGCACCGAGCUUACUCGAAGGCCCAGCGCUAGGCCUACUCAGAGGCCUACUGGAAAGCCUACUGCCAAACCUACUAGCAAGCCUACUGCCAAAUCUACUAGCAAGCCUACCCCGGCUAGACCGACUAAGAGGCCGUCAAGAUCCUCCUCUAGAAAGCCUUCUACCAAGAAGCUCUCGACAAGGCGUCAUAGCACCCAUAGGAAGGGCGUCAAAACGGAGACUACCGACGAAGCAGACGACCAAGAUCAAGCCGACGAGGCAGACGACCAAAGCAAAGCCGACGAGGCAGACGACAAAAGCAAAGCCGACGAGGAAGACGACCAAGCCCACAGUGCAAACUACAAAAGCAAAGCCGACGAGGAAGACGACCAAGCCCACAAUGCAGACGACAAAAGCAAAGCCGACGAGGAAGACGACAAAAGUAAAGCCGACGAGGCAGACGACAAAAGUGAAGCCAACUAA